CCUCUCCUUUUUCCGUUCGUCCCUCACCACCACUACCAAAAAAAGAAGACAACAUCGCAAGAAUGGCCGUCUCCACCACCACCCCUACCGCCGAGCAGGUCGCCGUCCCCGAGACCUUGUUGAAGAAGAGGAGGUCGACCGAGAAGUCGAGGGAGGAGAAGUUGGCCAAGGCUGCCGAGGCUCAGAAGAAGCGACAGGCCCAGCGAAAGGUCAUCUUCAAGCGUGCCGACCAGUACGUCAAGGAGUACCGAAACAAGGAGAGGGAGGAGAUCAGGUUGAAGAGGGAGGCCAGGAAGACCGGUGACUUCUACGUCCCUGCCGAGUCCAAGGUCUACUUUGUCAUCAGGAUCAAGGGUAUCUCCAAGAUCGCCCCCAAGCCCCGAAAGAUCCUCCAGCUCCUCCGAUUGCUCCAGAUCAACAACGGUGUCUUUGUCAGGGUCACCAAGGCUACCCAGCAGAUGCUUCGUCUCGUCGAACCAUACAUCACCUACGGUGAGCCCAACCUCAAGGCCGUCAAGGAGCUCGUCUACAAGCGAGGUUACGCCAAGAUCGCCGGACAGAGGAUCCCCUUGCACGACAACUCGGUCAUCGAGAAGGCUUUGGGCAAGCACGGCCUCGUCUGCGUCGAGGACUUGGUCCACGAGUUGAUCACCUGCGGACCCAACUUCAAGGCCGCCACCACCUUCCUUUACCCCUUCAAGCUCUCCAACCCCAACGGUGGAUGGGCCGACCGAAAGUUCACCAACUUCGUCGAGGGAGGUGACGCCGGUAACCGAGGCGAGAACAUCUCUGCCCUCCUCCACCGAAUGGUUUAAACGUCUCUCGUUUAUGCUGUCCAUCAUAUAUAUUCCAUUCCCCCCACCCCCGACACGAGCCGCCUUUUUUUUUUCUUUUUUCGCUGGGGGUCUAAGACUUUCGUGUUGUAGUUGUGUGUGUGUUUUUCGGGGCGUCGUUUCCCUUACGGGAUGAUGCAUCGGUUUUCCCCCAUGAUGACACGAGGUUUUGCCUUUGGGUUGAGCUUUGAGGUUCAGGUUGAGCGGCGUUCCUUGGAGUCUCGGAUGCAACGCUUACAAGGUUGGCUGUGGGGUUUCGCUGUGAAGGCUUGGUUCGGGACGUAUGAAUUCGCGAG